AUGAGCUCUGCAAAUGGACAUGCAGAGAACGCAAAUGGAGGCAUUGAUGCUUCCGCGAAUUCCGGGGCAGUAGGCCUGGAGUCUCACCCCGACGCCCCCAUCGAAGGGCCUCAGCUUCACGAACUGCAAGAGGGCAACCCGACGCCCUUGCCCAGGUUUCUCGAGGAAGACGGUCUGAGUAAGCACUGGAAAUGGGUCCCAUAUCCCAUCAGGAAAUUCGGCAGGACUGCUGCGAGAUGGGCAAAGGGACCCCAGAAUCCGGUCGUCUACCACAUCGUCCCUAUCCUCCCGGCCAUCCAGCAACUUCCCGUCACCCUGCUCGACAAGUACUUGCCAAGGAGGAAGCACCGGAUCUUUCUGUUCAUCGCAUAUCUGUUCCUGUGGCUCCUGACAUUCUCCAUUGUCAAGCGGCAGGAGAGCCGCAUCACCGAGAUCAAGCCCUGGGGUAAGCCACAGGAGAUUGGCUGCGGUGCUUACUUCUGGGGCCGGGGCAACAGCUGUGACCUGAACGGAAAUAAGUGCCGCCCGUUCAAGGGCAGCGAGUUCCCAUUCAGGUGUCCCGCAAACUGUGCGAGCUAUCAGCUGAGCGAACCGCGGGCGGUUGGCGAUCAGGAGGUCAACUACCGACAGCUCGUCAUCGGCGGGCCGGUCAACGACACUGACGGGCAAGGGGCUUAUCGAGGCGACUCUAUUAUCUGUGGCUCCGCAAUCCACGCUGGGGCUAUUACCAAUGCUGAGGGUGGCUGUGGCGUGAUCAAGCUUGUUGGCACACGGCACAGCUACAGCAGCACCCUCCGACAUGGCAUCGAGAGCAUCGGCUUCGACUCAUAUUUCCCUCAGUCCUUCCUCUUUGAGAAGUCGGUUCAGUGCAGAGCUCGAGAUAUGAGAUGGCCCUUGCUCGUGGUUGAUGUUGUCUACACGACAAUUUUGUCCUUAUUCACCACGUCACCGGCACUCUUCUUCUUCACCGAAUUCUCGGGCAUUUUCUGGCACGUCGGCUUGGUCUCCGACCCUCCAACGCACAGCUCUUUCCGGGAACUUUUUACUAUCAUCGUUGGGAAAUAUGUGCCUGUCAUGUUUGUAGCCUGGGUCAUAUAUGACAAGAUGGCAGUGCGCCGGACCCUCACAGGACUGACAGCACAGAUCGAAAAGACCGUCUUGUGGCUCGGCGCAUGCUGGGUGGGGGCACUCGAUAAUUAUACCCUCAGCCCUAACAUACCUAUAAACAGACUGAACGCCCACGAUAUCUCCCAACAGCCUGGCGGAGUGCUCGCAUUGAUCAUCAUCGUCAGCAUCAUUGCCUUGAUCGUGGUGAAACAAGUCUGGUUCUUCCGUCAGGAAGGACGGCUCAUCCGGUACGGAGCACUCUACCUCGGCCUUGUUGGAGGCGUUAUACUCCUCAUCUUCCUGAAGAUCUGGGACCUCAACCUCCGGCUCCAUCACUAUUUCCUCGCGCUUCUGCUUCUUACAGGCACAAGCAUGCAGACCCGCCCUGCUCUUCUCUACCAAGGCCUCUUGGUAGGGCUCUUCAUCAACGGGAUCGCCCGCUGGGGCUGGGACCCCAUCCUGCAGACGUCAUAUGCCCUACGAGGCGAUGGGCAGCUUGGCUCCGUGCUGCCCACACUCGCAAACGCGCCGGACAUCCAGGUGGGGAGCACAGUGUCAAACAUCACCUUCCAAUGGGAAUCACCACCAAAGAGGAACCUCAGGCUCGACGGCAUCAGCCUUCUCGUCAAUGAUGUGGAGCGGUUCAGAGGCUUCUUCGACGACGACGAAGACUUCGAAGACAAGACCUUCACGUGGAACAGGAAAGCCAAGAACGAGGUGAAGGAGUACUUUCGCUUCGCCUAUGUGUCUGGGACGAGGAGUCUGGACUACACCAAGGCCGGGGUGUGGGACAAGGACCUCGAAUGGGAAGCUAUGAAGCCAGGAGCGUCGAGCAUUGGCAAGCGCAGCAUUGAUGGCGAGGUCAAGAUAGAACUCUGA